AUGGAGGAGUUUGCCUUAAUUUACAUUGUCCACUACGCACAUGAUCUUGAAGGUGUGCCGGUGUACAUCCAUGGCUGGGUGUACGAUGUGGAGAGCGGAGAGGUGUCUGAUUUGGGUGUCUCUGCUGGUCCGUCUGGGAAGGAGGUUCCGCCCACGCCGUUUCCUCUUGUUGGUUCAUUGACCUUUUUAAAAUUGAUGUGCCUAGUAAAUUUGGGCAGUAUACCGACUCGUUUGUAA